AAAUAAACAAAUAAAUAAAUUAUUUUUAUCAGAAAUUAAAAGGGGGAAAAAAGAAAUCUUAUCCAACACUGUGUACUGAAUUGAAGAACAAAAGAACCGCCGAAAAUGGUUGCCGCGCUUCCACCAUCGGCUUCAACUUUCAAACUAACGACGGCGGCACCAUUCCCAUCCCCACGCGCUCUCUUCCACGCUUUACACAAACCCCAAAUUUCCAUUAUCCCACGUGCCACUCCCGACUCCGACGCCGACUCCCCAACCGAAACCGACUCCUCCUCCACCACAUCAGCCGAUUCCGACCCAUUCGAAUCCCGCCUCUCCCAAGUCCGCAUCCGUUACCGAAGUGGAACAGGCAAGAAAGCGGAGCGCCGAAAAUCGAAGAAAUCCGGAUCCUUAUCAACUUCGUCAUCGUCAUCCUCCAUCUACCUCCCUCCGGUGCCUUUAAAGGAGUCAGUUUCAAAUGGAUUGAAAGUGGAUUUCGGGUUCAGCCCGUAUAGCGAGAGAAUAAACGGACGGAUCGCGAUUCUCGGGUUGACGGCUUUGGUUUUGGUGGAAUUGGCUACGGGUAAGAGCGUGAUAAGUUAUCAUACGCCGGCGAUUAUCUUCAUUCAGAUUUAUUUUGUAGCUGCAAUUGGGGCUUUGUUCGUUAAAUACGAGAAAGAAAAAGUAAGUGUUUGGCCACCUUCUCAAUCUUAGUUCAUGUUUGUUCUGUA